AAAUUGUUACCUAGCUAGAAAGAACCUUUCACGUUCUCAAUCGGGGUUAUAACGGCAUGACUGAAUACAUAAAAAGAACUUGGGGAAAACGAGAGAAUUUUCUAUUUCAAUUUUCGUUUGUUGUGGGUGCCUGCAGUUUGAGGGGUGUAAGGGAAAGUUAAAGAAGCAAUGUGUUUUGGAGAGAGAAAUGUUUUUCCUUUUCCCUUCUUUCAGAGAAAAGAUGGUCGAAGAGAGUUUCCUCCUCUGAGAUCAUCCUGAAAAGGGCAGUGAAGAAAAAAAAUUUAAAAAAGUCACAAACAAACCCGAAAAUUUCAUUUUUAUUAAUUAUUUCACAUCUAUUUUUUCUUUCAAGCUGCCAUAUUUGAGUGUCAACUACAAGAUUCAUCGGCCACCUUUUCUGUCCUCUACAUUGUUUUGGAAAAGGAUUUCAAAUCGCUAAAGAAUUUAUUUUUGCCAUCAUCGACUUCCAUUUUAUGCGUCCUUCAAAUGCUAAAAUUUGAAUCUUGGGGAUAAUUCGCCGAGCCAGGUUAUGCAAUUGUUGGUGAAACCAGAGCUGUUAUAUUCCUAAAUUUAAAUAUUAUUGAGAAUGAGAGACCUCGAUUCUGUCAAUAUGUUCAAGAGUGUUGAUAUAGAUUCUUUUCUUCGCUAUAUAGAUUAGGCCUAGCGAUGAGUUUGUGCCAUAUGAUUAUCUUGCUUUUGUAAGAUUAAAAUUUUGUUGUCUGGUUGCCUGAUUGGUUUUGUUUCCUAGUAAUUUAUAAUUGCUCGAAGGUUAAUUUUGCUCCAGGAAGCUGACGAUUUUGUUUAUCGCAUUGUAAAGAAUUCUAGCUGUUGGUAGAAACUGUAAUUGCCUCAACUGGUGCGACUUAUUUUUCGACAAGCUAUGAGGGUUAGCUGGACCACUUAUGGAAUGCAGUUAUCAUGUAUCCCUCUCUUGAUUAUUGUUCUACAAAUUCAUGGGUGUUUGUCGCUCAAUUUUGAAGGAUUAACAUUGUUGGAAUUCCGAGCAAGGGUCGAGUCUGAUCCAUAUGGAGCUUUAGCUAAUUGGAAUCCUAAUGACUCCAACGCGUGCGCCUGGUCUGGUGUUCAUUGUCUGGAUGGUAAAGUGCAAAUGCUUGAUCUCAAUGGAUGCUACUUGGAAGGAGUAUUAGCAACAGCGCUCGGAAAUCUCUCUCAUUUACAAUUUCUUGACCUCUCCAAGAAUCAAUUUUUUGGCAUAAUUCCUCAACAGUUUGGACUGCUUACAACACUAGAAGUGUUGGACUUGAGGGAUAAUAAUCUGAGUGGAAUUAUUCCUGUAGAAUUAGGAGGGCUGCAUUCACUGAAACGCCUGUUGCUCUGUAAUAAUAGAUUUGAAGGAAGCAUUCCCUUGGAGAUUGGAAAACUCAGUUCGCUAACUGAUUUAUGGUUUGAUGAGAACCUUAUAGCUGAUGUUGCCAGGGGAUGCAUAAAUAGAAAACUUGGGCACUGGUUCAAAUUUGGAGGUGAACCCUUGCACAAUCACGAUGGUGAUUUCUGUAGCAACCUACCAAGUUCAUCCAAGAUAGGUGUUAUCCAGAAUGUAGAGGACCUAGCGAUCAAUGCACGUCGUAGACUAGUUGAACAGUCAAGUAACCUCGUUACUUUGCCUGCCAAUGUCAGGCCACCAUCAGAUCACAUCUAUGCCCUUCCGAGCACCAGAAGUAGUGGAUCGUUUCCUGCCGUACCAAAUAAGAAUAAACUAAAUUCUCCUCCAGCAUCUUUGCCUACUCAACCUCCACAACAGGAGUCUAAUAACAUGACUUAUCCUGCUGGAAAUUCCUUUGGCACUGUUAAUCAACCAACUGAUAAGCAGUCUUUGACUGGUGGAAAAUCUGGAACACUAUGGAAGUAUAUAGUUGGGAUUUCUAGUGGAAUUUUCUUGUUCAUUGUUGCACCAGCCAUGUUUAUCAUCUAUAGAAGCAGAGCAGCAAGAGCAAUAACUCCUUGGAAGACCGGAUUGAGUGAGCAGUUGCAGAAAGCACUUAUUACAGGGGUCGCUAAAUUGAACCGAACUGAGCUAGAAACAGCAUGCGAGGAUUUUAGCAAUAUCAUUAUUACAUAUGAUGAUUUGGCCACCGUAUUCAAGGGUACUCUAUCCAGUGGAGUAGAGAUUGCUGUUGUUUCAACCACUAUAGCUUCUUUAAAGGACUGGUCAAAACGUUCUGAAUUGGCUUAUCGAAAGAAGAUUGACACUCUGUCCAAAGUGAAUCACAAGAAUUAUGUUAAUCUUAUUGGAUACUGCGAGGAGGAUGCACCAUUCAUUAGGAUGAUGGUUUUUGAGUAUGCUCCAAAUGGCUCUCUUUUUGAGCACCUGCAUGUUAAAGGAGUCGAGCAUCUCGAUUGGAAUGCAAGGAUGAGGAUCAUAAUGGGGAUAUCUUACUGCCUUCAAUACAUGCAUUAUCUAAAUCCACCGGUGGCACAUUCCAACUUGACUUCUAAAGAUAUAUUUUUGACAGAUGAUUAUGCUGCUAAAAUUGGAGAAGUUGGUUUCUGGGCAGAACUUGUGGCCAAGUCGAAGAAUUUGGUAGAAACUGACUCAGAGCAUUCUGAAUUUCCACCACUAGCUCAUCUUGAUACAAAUAUUUACAGCUUUGGAAUUCUGUUGCUCGAAAUAAUUUCUGGAAAGCUCCUCUCUUCGAAUGAACACGGAACUAUCUUAAAUUGGGCAACUGAAUACUUGAAUGAUAUGAGCAGCGUCAACUCCUUGAUCGAUCCAACUUUGAAAUCCUUCAAAAAUAACGAACUCGAUGUAAUCUGUGAGGUAAUUGGAGGUUGCAUUCAGCAAGAUACUCGAAAGAGACCUUCGAUCAAGGAAAUCAUUCAAAAAUACCAACUUCCUGAGUGCCUCUGCAGGAGGAAUCGCCAAAUUUUGUAA